AUGAGAUAUAUGAUACGAAAUAAAUUUUUAAUAUUAAUUUGUCUACAGUUAGUUUUAUACUUUACGAUAUUACAUUAUAAAGUUUGUUGGUUAAUUACCAAUAAUAAAUAUGAAUUCAAUAAUUUAUCUUUACUUGGGACUAUAAGGAGGGAGUAUAACCUUGUAGAAUCUGCAAGAUAUAAUGAAGAAUUAUUAAAUGAUAAGAUACUGGAGAUAAGAUCUAAUAUUGAGAUUUUAUUGAAGUUGAUAACAUCUUUAAAAAAUAAUAUCAAAGUCGAUUUUAGAGAAGUACAAAAUUUAGUAGGGGAAGAUCUUAGUAAUAUGAAAUUUGAAAUUCCAAAUAUUUUAGAUAUACUAACAGCUCAAAGACUUGAAUUAAUAAAUUUACAAAUAAAGAAAAUAAAUAUGAUUACAUCUAGAUUAUUAGUAUAUUGGCAUGCAGAAUAUAAUGUGGGUUUUGAUAUUGAAUCAAGUGAGUCACUUGAUAUGUCAUUUUUAGAUAUGAUUGGAUUGGGUGAUGAAAGUAUAUGGGAUACAUCUUCUUUAGGUGGGAAAGUUUCGGGAGCAAUUGAUCAUGGGGUUGAUAUAUAUGACGAAUCUGUGGAUAGGCUAAUAAGUAAGCUUGAGUUAUACCGAUAUAUUAUGGUUUAUAAUUAUGUAAGAAUUUUGGGUGUUAUAUUCCGUAAGCCUUUAGAUUAUGAGAAGAUAAUCCGCAAGUGCUAUGCGACUUUUAAAGCUAUUAAGGAACAAAUAAGUGAGAUUAGAGAUUCUAUAUCUUUAAUAUUACAACAAGAUCUACCUAGUGAACCAACUUUACCAGAACCAAUAGCACCUCCUUCAUAUUUAGAUAUCAGGAAGUACUGUAGUGCAGAAUCAUACAAUGAUUUAGUUGCCCGUAUAGAUUUUUUUAGAGAGGUACAAGAUAAUUAUAAACAUGCUAUUGAUAAUAUUAAAAUAGAGAGAUGUAUAAAUCAUGAACUAAGAGGUUGUUCAUCAUGUGAAUCCAGGAAGUAUCGUAUUUUAUUAUGCGAAUGGUCUAUUCAUGAUUUAGAGAUUGAUAUCAAGAGGUUGGAAGGUAACUUGUCAAUUUGUUUCAAUAUAUUAAAUAAACGUCAUGAAGAAACUAGUAAACAAGUGAAUUUAGAUGUGUAUAGUGAAUUGAAAAAAGAUAUAAGUUUUGAUUCCACGUUAGAAUCAGAAACUCCAUUAUCUUAUUCUCCAGAUAAUCACAAUUCAUAUAGUUUAGACGAGAAGCCCAAUUCUAAUAAUAGAGUUGCUAAGAAAAGAUGGAAGAAAUUAAUGUUGGUAAUUAAAUUUAUUAAUUUGUUAAAGGAAAUAGUUUAUUUAUCUUUAAAAGAACCUUUUAUGAAAGUAACUAAGGGGAUUGAGGGGAUUUCUACAAAUGUUAAGAAUAAAAAUAGUAAGUUUCAUAGGUUAGGUAAUAAAGUCAUUAUUAAUAAAAUAAAUCAGGAGUUUCCAAUACCAAAUUUUAAGAUUUCACAUGGAGGUGAUGAUAAGAUUAGGAAAUCUUCUUUGAAUUUUUGUAAUUCACUAAGCACAACAAAAUAUAAAAAUAAUCAGAGUAAGUAUACUCAUUCAAAUAGUAAAGUUAACAAUUCUAAUAAGAAGAAUACAUAA